ACCAAAACACCAUAGCGACGCGACGGUGGCGCCAAGCUGCUGUUGUGUUUUUCUGCUGCAUUUGUGUUGUCUUCGCAGGGUUUGAAUCUGCAGGUGUUUCAGAAGUAAUUAUUUCGCCAAUGAAAAAAUCUCUUUGGUCGAUUAAAUUGUAGGAGGUGCCAAUUCAAUCCAGAUACACGUGUUGAAAUUCUGUGACUGUGAAACACAAGGCUUUGUAACCUUCGUCUGCUUGUGUUUUUGACAUAAGGCAUUCAAACUUGCUUUUUUGGCGCACCUUCUGUUCCUCGAAAAAUGGGUACUAGAAAGAAGUCAGGAGGCCCAAAGUUUGAGUUGAGCGCAGAACAGCGAGCUGAUAUUAAAGAAGCUUUCGACCUAUUUGACACUGAAGGAAAGGGCAAGAUAGAGACUAAGGAACUAAAGGUUGCCAUGAGAGCCCUUGGAUUCGAACCGAAGAAAGAAGAAAUCAAAAAGAUGGUUGCUGAAAUUGAUAAAGAUGGCACAGGUACUCUAUCUUUUGAAGAGUUUCUGAACCUAAUGACUACCAAAAUGGCCGAGAAAGACACAAAAGAAGAGAUUAUGAAGGCCUUUAGGUUGUUUGAUGAUGAUGAAACUGGGAAAAUAUCAUUUAAAAAUUUGAAGAGAGUAGCAAAAGAAUUGGGUGAAAAUUUGACUGAUGAAGAACUACAUGAAAUGAUUGAGGAAGCAGACCGAGAUGGAGAUCAUGAGAUAAGUCAAGAAGAAUUUUUGCGCAUUAUGAAAAAGACCAGUUUGUACUGAUCAUUAAUCAUCAGCAAGUAUAAUAUCUACGUUGUAUUUUCAAGGCUUUUCUCUCUUCGUCUUUGCUGAAUAUGUUGUUCUUUCCAAGAGGAAGAGCUGUGAAAAUCAUAUUAUGUGGUCUAAAUUUUCUUAGAUAUAAUGCUGUUACCUAGGUUGAGCUUCCACAUGUUUUAAACGGGUACCAAUCAAAAACUAAUUUGAUUUUGACUAUUUUGUGUCCAGUAUUAAUGAAAAGUGUUUGUCUAACACAUUUUAGUGUUUUAAAUGUGUCAAUUGUAUUCUAUAUUAUCAUGCCAUAUGAUUUUAUUCCUCUGUGAUUCCUUUUCCCUAAUGAUGUUUGCUGGUUUCAGCUGCUACAUUUUCUGGGACCGCCCUCUCAAAUUCUGAUAUAUAUACCUUAUAUUAUAAAUUAAAAGUUAAACUGUUAUGCUUUGUGGCACAAUGAUUUGUUGUAUUGACCAAAGACGUAAAGUGGAUGAGAGCACUGUUGUGCUAGGUACAUUCCAGAGGAGUGCAAACAUUAUUCCUAGCUUCCUAGAGAAUCUUUCUGAUUUAAGGUUUUCUUCUCUGUACAAAAGAAUCCCUCCCACUCUUGAACAUAUCCUUACCUAUAUUUAAGUCUUUUUAUUUUACUGAGUUGAAGCAUAUUUUUGUGGCUCAUGUAUGGAGAGCAAAAUCUAAGUGUAUUUUUCCUUUAUAUAUCUGUUGGAUUCCCAGAAUGUUUCGGAUGUAGAGGUUUUGCUAUAAAUUCUACUUGACUUUUCAACUUUUUUCACUGCAGUUCUACACAUCUAGUCAUGCUAUGGCGAUUUUAAAAUAUUCUGAUUUUUUUUCAGGCUUCCAAUUAUGAUUCUAUAUUUUGAGAAAAUUUUACAAGUCGAAGGUUCUGAAAUAAUUCUUUCCUCUUUUUUUAAGUGUUUGUUUUUCAGUUUGUCUAUUUUACAAAAUUAUUGAGUUUUAUGUCGAACCUUUCAUUACUUCUCAACAAAAUGUCAUAUUUUUGAUUGCUCUUGCCUUGUUAGUUGUUAAUGUGUGUGACGUAAAUAUUUGUUCAAACUGAGCCUGCUCAGAUUACAGUACUAUUACGAAUGUCGAUGAAGUGAGUGGUCUCUCAUUUAAAUUAAAUAAAUCGUUUAUUCCUCUAA